AUGGAGGAGUUCACACGCACCAUGAGGCGACUGACACCGUCCUCCGCGGAGGUGACUGACACCGUCCUCCGCGGAGGGAGCUGCUCUCGCGGAAGCGCGUGCGACCAGACCUGCUACGACCUGCACGACGGCACGUACGAGUGCGGCUGCCGGCCGGGCUUCGUGCUCAACGACAACGGAUACAAGUGUGACGGGAGCUGCUCUCGCGGAAGCGCGUGCGACCAGACCUGCUACGACCUGCACGACGGCACGUACGAGUGCGGCUGCCGGCCGGGCUUCGUGCUCAACGACAACGGAUACAAAUGUGACGCGGUGCUGGAGCCCCGGGCGCUGCCCGUCUCCAGCGUCGGGAGCCCAGCUGCGCCUGCCGACAGUCCAGCCCCGCAGUCCGGCGCCGCUGGCCGGCAGGAGGCGGACAAGGCGGCCAACAGCUCCGCCGCGCCGGCAUGUGACCUCGCCUGCGUGUCCGGCCAGUGUGUGCGCGAGGUCGGCGGUCGGGAGGAGGUGGAGCUGCGCUGUGCCUGUCCGCUCGGUCUAGGCGGUGACCUCUGCCAGUCAGCGCUGGAGGUGCACUCGCCGCGCUUCUCGGGCGCCAGCUUCGCGCAGCUGCCGCCGCCGGUGGAGGCGCACACGGACAUGCGGCUGACGCUGGAGUUCAGGCCCGAGGACUGGGACGGCCUGCUGCUGAUGAGCGGCGAGACGGCCGACCUGGCCGGCGACUUCAUGGCCGUCGUGCUCACCGACGGCUUCGUCGAGUUCAGGUUCGACUGCGGCUCGGGCCUGGGCGUGGUGCGGUCCCGGGAGCCCGUGCUGCUGGACCGCUGGAACCGGCUCACGCUCAUCCGCACGCGCUCCUACGUCUGGAUGCAGCUCAACAACGGCCAGCACACCGAGGGCAUGUCCCAGGGCAUCUUCUGGCACAUCACGUUCGAGCUGCCGCUGUACGUGGGCGGCGCGCGCGGCGUGGCGGGCCUCCAGCCUCGACUGGGCGUGGUCGGAGGCUACCGCGGCUGCAUCCGGCUGCUGCAGAUCAACGAGAGGAGCGUCGACUUCCGCCCCGCCCCAGCCGGACACGUCGGACACGGCUGGGACAUCGGCGAGUGCGGCGGUGACCUGUGCAGCCGAACGCCGUGCGGCCACGGCGGCAGGUGCGUUUCAGCGCCGGACGGCUCGACCACCUGCCUCUGCCCGCUCGGCUACCUCGGCGAGCUCUGCGAGAAGUCCGUCGACCUGCAGGUGCCAUCUUUUAACGGUUCGUCGCACCUGAAGUUCCCCGGACUGGGCACAUCGGCGCUGUCCUACCUCGCGCUGGAGCUCACCAUCAAACCGACGGGCUCGGACGGCAUCGUGCUCUACAAUGGAUUGCACGACGACGGCCAGGGAGAGUUCAUGGCCGUGAGCAUGCGCGACGGACACGUCGAGUUCGCCUUCGACCUGGGCGCGGGCGUCACGUUCGUGCGCACCACGCGGCCCGUGACGCUGCACACGUGGCACGAGGUGCACGUGAGCCGCACGGGCCGCGAGGCCGUGCUGAAGGUGGACGACCAGCCGGCCGUGGUGGGCCGCAGCCACGGCGGCUUCACGCAGCUGACGUUGCCCCAGAACCUGUUCCUGGGCGGUGUGGCGAACUACAACGCCGUCUCCAGCGCGCUCUUCCUCAAGGACGGCUUUCAGGGCUGCGUUCAGAAGCUGGUCAUCAACGACAAGCCGGUGCACGUGCUGGCGGCGGCGCUCUCCGGCUACAACGUGGCCAACUGCGCGCACCCGUGCGUGACGCGGCCGUGCGGCGCGGCCGGCACGUGCGAGCCGCGCGGGCAGUCGUACCGCUGCCAGUGCCGGCUGGGCAACAGCGGGCCCCGCUGCCGCCGGCCGCUGCCGGCGCCCCACGUGCCCCGCUUUGCAGGCCACAGCCACCUGGUGUUCGACCGACCCGACGUGGCUGAGAAGUUGCGAGGCGUCACAAACGGCAUCGAGCUGGAGUUCCGCACGCGCUACCCCAACGGCCUGCUCGUGUGGACGGGCGCCUCGGACCGGUGGACGGCCGACUUCCUGGCGGUGGGCCUGCGCGACGGCCACGUCCACCUGCGCUUCGACCUGGGCAGCGGCAUGGUCACGGUGGAGCACAACGCCAGCCGCGUGGACGACGGCCAGUGGCACCGCGUGCAGGCGUCGCGGGUGGGUCGGGACGGCGUCAUCUCAGUGGACGGCGGUUACCCGGUGAGCGGCGUAUCGCCCGGACUCCUCAGUCAGCUGGACACAGACGGACGCCUCCUCAUUGGUGGCACCAGUGAGCUGGAGUACGUUACUCACGGCCUGUAUUCGACUGGUCUGGACGGCUGCGUAGCCGAGGUCAUUAUCGCCCCCGACCACAUCAUGGAUCUGACGUCAUCCGAUGAUGGGCGUAACAUCGGCUUCUGCCUAUGAGCGUCAGCUUCGGGCACCACUUGGCGUCAUGGCGUCAUGCUGACUGCACCGCAUCAUCCAGAGACGAAAACAACCUUUAAUUCUGUCCACAACUGACCGCGAUCACCACCCGACGCCAUCCUGACGCUGUGUGACGAUGGAUGCCAUUUUGCAAGGUCAUGCGACGCACGAGCUCGGCCAUAAACUGACGUCACUAAUGUCAUAACUGAUAGCUGUGAGCCGACACACCAGCGCAGUGAUGCCACUUUGGGCCGGGCAGAGACUGGGUCUGGAAGAGAUUCGGCACCUUCGAGGUUCUCCGACAAGAGUGGUUUCUCUGAUUAUGUGCCGGGUCAUGCCUUUCGUCGGGCACGCGCGGGCGUGGAGUAGGGUGGGCCGAAAUGUCACCUCCGAACUACAAUGAUUUCUAUGAUAGGAUCCUCCCAACUUGGGAAAUUGGGAAAAAAUUGUACCAGCUUUGAGCUUCCCUGGGUAUUAUUUGGAUAUGCAAUCAACUGUCCAACAGACACAGAAACUUGGACUGAUAUUGGAACCUCAAAGGGAUGAACUUGCUUCAGUAGUUUCGGUUCGCUAUUUUUCACAAGACAUCCGGGAAGAGGUCGCUUCUAAGGCUUUCAAAUUUAUAAAAUCUCAAACUGCAGGGUUUGAUUCCAAAGUCGCCACAGUGGAGGCCUUGAGGACUACCGCAAUGGACUGCGCUACACUGGACCAUGAACCUUCCCACUGCACACCUGUCGCACACUUCAUCCCAAUCAGCGGAAGUGACGCGCGGGAUGCCCGCCUGAUCAGCAAUAGAGAGCGGGGUGCCGGCCGACCGAGCCGCCACCGCCGCCGUCGCCGCCCGGCCCUCACCGCAGCAGCAAUAGGCAGAAAGGCUGCCCCGACGCGGGCGUGCCGGGCUUCAACACCUCCGCCAUAGACGUGCAGUGCACGCAGUGUUCACUGUUCGACAGCCUGCACUCGGUGUUAGAUUGGCUCGCGGGUGCGUGUGCGUGACCGCGGGCGCGUGCGAGCGCGGGCAGUGUGGCCGCUACACGCGUGUCGGCGGCGACCCGUCGCCUCGCGCUGGAGAGUGCCGGGGCCCGGGCAGUCUCUGCGUCGGUGGUGACCCGUCGCCUGGUGCUGGAGAGUGCCGGGGCCCGGGCAGUCUCUGUGUCGGUGGUGACCCGUCGCCUGGCGUUGGAGAGUGCCGGGGCCCGGGCAGUCUCUGUGUCGGUGGUGACCCGUCGCCUGGCGUUGGAGAGUGCCGGGGCCCGAGCAGUCUCUGUGUCGGUGGUGACCCGUCGCCUGGUGCCGGAGAGUGCCGGGGCCCGGGCAGAACCCGUGCGUAGCGGUGUCAGUCAACAUAUCACGGCAGCACGAGCGCCUGACUGGCCUGCCCAUGUACCCACCCCGUUCGUGUGCGACUGCACCCGCUACCCGCCCCGCCAGUCCGGGGCUGGCACUGCCGUAGUGUCGCGUGUAUUUUUUAUACCGCCUUACGACGUCUGGGUGAGGUCCCCAGCCGGGUCCGCGAACGAGGAGGGCGUGUAGGGACGCACCGUUAGUAGCUGGGCGACGCUGGAUCUGUGAAUAAACGGUGGAAUCUUG